AUGCUGACAGGCUGCUCACAGGAAGAGAGCGAAGUGAGGACUUUCCUACAGUGUCUGCCUUAUAUCUCACAGCUCAGUUUGGAUGACUGCGAAGAGGAGAGCUGUGAUUCUGAUGAACAAACCGGGUUCUUGGUGGAUCUUGUCUCUGCAGCGGCAGAGAGAGAACAGCAGACGGGAGAGAAGACGCUGGAGCUGUUAGCAUCAGUCUGCAGAUUCGAAACAUUUAGUUUUCGACACGAAAAACUGGAUGAUGAUGACGAUGACAUCAAAUAUCGCCUAAACGCGCUGCUGGAUCUGUACUCCCAGGUGAAAGACUGUAGGACUGAAACAGGUCUGAGUCUCCUUCCAUCAUUACAGUCAGUUUUCCAGUCAGCUCCUGCAGUCUGGACCAUAGACCUCUCAGAGAGAAAGACCUCCAUCCUCCUGGAAGUGCUGAGACUCCAACCAGAGAAGAAACCAGUGAAGCUGACAGGCUGCUCACAGGAAGAGAGCGAAGUGAGGAGCUUCCUAAAGUGUCUGCGCUACAUCUCACAGCUCAGGUUUGAUCCUCAGACCUCAGAUCUUCCUGAACAAACUGGGUUCUUGGUGGAUCUGUUCUGUGCAGCAGCAGAAAAAGAGCAGCAGACAGGAGAGAAGAUGCUGGAGCUGCUAGCAUCAGUCUGCAGAUAUGAAACAUUCCCUUUAGAUUAUAGUGUCAGUUUUCCAGUCAGCUCCUGCAGUCUGGACCAUAGACCUCUCCGAGAGAAAGACCUCCAACCUCCUGGAAGUGCUGAAACUCCAACCAGAGAAGAAACCAGUGAUGCUGAGAGGCUGCUCACAGGAAGAGAGUGAAGUGAGGACUUUCCUGCAGUGUCUGCCUUAUAUUUCACAGCUCAGGUUUCAUCGUCAGAGAUCAGGUCUUCCUGAACAAACCAGGUUCUUAGUGGAUCUGUUCUGUGCAGCAG